UAUGUAUCUCAUUCACUCGUUUUGCUUGCAUUGUUCGGGAACCAUACAUACCCUUAGAAGUUUUGGUUUUGCUUAACUCAGGGAAAAGUGUGAGCCCUCCACCGCCUGCAUUGCCGCCUCUAGAGUUAGACAAUGCACCUCAAAGACUGAGAGGUCCUGCAGCAUCAGUGUCACCAAGUAGUCCUACAGAAGUUCCACCUAAUGAUUUCAGUCCCCUACAUACCCCUCCUCCGAUGAUUAGGCAAGACAUUGUCCCUUCUCCUCCUCCAAUGAGUUCUCAAGGCCCAGUCCAAGUCUCACCCCUUAGUUGUCCCCGGACUGAGCUCCCAAGAACCAAACAUCCUGUUAUGGCCCCACAAUCCCCAGACGAUGAGUCUCCUUUAAAGAAACCACCACCAAAUAGUCUUCUCCACGCACCAAUUGCUCCAGGCAUAGGGGAAGUCUGGAGAUCCAAAAAAGUUGAUGGAAUACAAAUUUUGGAAUAGAAGAUGGUCAAACUUCAUUCACUUUCUUUCUCUAUUUUCAUUAGCAAUUUGAUAAAAUAAAAUUUUGUUGUCACU